AAAGUUAUGAACCAUUAAACCAUUUAUCACAUAAAAUACUGAAUACUGAAUCUGACACACAGCACUCCCCUCCCACCGCUGUUUUUAUAUCAUUUUUUUUAUUCAACAAAGUGAACAUGUUUAUUAAAUGAAGACAUAAAACUACUAGUUGAGAUUACAAACUUGUUUGGGAAACAUUUAAUAACAUCAGAAAGUUGCUGAGAAAAAGAGUUCUUUUCGCUUCAGCAAAGGUGUUCUGUUCUACCUUCGUGUUUACAUUCAAAGUAACCAGAUGGCUACCCACAUUUCACCUACUGGUUAUGCAACAGAUAGGAAACGGCUAAGGCUGCAGUGAUUGACAGCAUGUUUAAAUAGAACAGGAUGAACCUGAUUAUAAGACAACCUAAGUAUGCUGCUGUAGAAGAGUUCUGUGUCGCUGAACGCCUUUAUUCUCCUCAUUCUUUGAGGAACAUUUUCAGUGUGGUUGGGUAAACAUUAAACAGUCGUUUGUGCAAAUCAAUAGAAAACAAAUAAUAGACUCGUCAAGCAGCUACAACUUUACCAGGUGAAUAGCAGCAUCCGAGAAUUUGGUCUUAUCUGUUACAUGUUAGAAGCUUAUUUAACUGUAGAGCAGCUGGUCAUGCAUUACAUGGCAAGUGCUCAAAAAUUAAAGGGCUGCACUCAGGAUAUGUAAAUUAUAAAUCUAAUCCCCAUCCACCUAUGUUAGCACCACCAAGGCACAUUCCUAUUAAUAGGUAACGCACCUUUUUAACACUCGGGUCCGCAGUACUGUGGACUACACUGACAUUUUAUAUAACUAAACCUGCUUUGUCAUGGUAUUUUGUUUGUCUUUCAAGUCUGUGUACAUGCACAUACUGAGCGCAUGGAGAGCAAUGGCGGGUUGACACAGAUUUACAGCUGUGGUUAAUUUCAACAGCAAGCUGCUGCAACACCUUCAAGAUAUCAAUAUUCUGAUGGUGACGAGAAGGAGAGGGCGAGAGGGGAGAGUAGUGGGAGGGUGGGGGGUAAGACUGAGGUGCACAAGCAGUGUGUAUGAGGCAGAGAGCAAGUGACUGAGCAAGAGAGUGAGAGGAUGUUUGUGUGUGUGGGAGGGAAAAAGAGAGAGAGAAACAGUAGUGAUGAUCGACGCCAGGCUGCCACCACUCUGUAGCAGUGAGUGGCUGCAACAAAAAGCACAGAAUAACAUCCCUGACUCCCCGCUCUGCUGUUUUCUCUCUCCCUGCAUCUCGGCUCGCAGACGAGGUCUGCGCUCACAGCUCUGCAGAGGCUAUGCUGUGACUGUGCUGGCUUCGGAAGCAGAAUACUGGCUGCCAUCAACAAGUUAGGGUUAGAAGAAAAACAGCCACGAAAGAAGAAGACUUGAUUUUCAAUUAAUCUUUUCAGCUGACAUCGUUGCAGAGGACGGGAAACAAAAGGGUAAAAAGAGAGGAAAAAAGGAGAGGGUUUUUUUUCCCUCACUGGAGUCGAGCUGGAUGCAGCUGACCAACUUAACAUACAUUUUUUUUUUUAAAAGACAAAUACAGGAUGGAGGAAAAGACUGAACCUUUUCUUUGAGCUUGGAUUUUAAAGGGACUAUUUUAAAGGAUCAUCUUUGGAGAUGGAAUUUCAUAUUUUGUUUCAUUUGUGUGGGCUUAAAAGUGCUUUAUUUCCAAAGAGGCUGAUUCCUUUUGUGCUUACUCAAAAGGGUUUUUUCCCUUUGGAUUUUUCUUCCAUUUGGUUGCUCCAAGAGUCUGCGGGAAAGGACAGUUGAAUGCAGCCUCCGAUGUGCACAAAAGAAUGGGUUUCCAUUCAAAGUGGCCAUUGGUGGGACCUGCACCAGAGGCUCUGUGUCUGUGUGUGUGUGUGAUCAGCAUGCUCCUUUUGUGCUUGCUGCCUCCUGCAACAUGCACAACUUGCCCCCAAAAAUGCCGCUGUGAGGACCUGCAAUUUUACUGCGACACCCAGGGUCUCCAGGCACCCCCAGAUGGUGUGGACAAGGGGGCCCUAGGGCUGUCCCUACGCCACAAUAGCAUCACCGAGCUCAGCCCCGAUCAAUUCUACGGCUUCGGCCAGCUCACUUGGCUCCAUCUAGACCACAACCAGAUCACCACAGUACAGGAGGAUGCCUUUCAAGGGCUGUACAAGCUAAAGGACCUUAAUCUCAGCUCCAAUCGAAUCACCAAGUUGCCCAACACAACCUUCAUCCACCUCAUCAACCUCCAGAUCCUGGACCUGUCCUUCAAUCAGAUGACAUCAUUGGAACCAGAACUGUUUCAUGGACUAAGGAAACUCCAGAUACUCCACCUUCGCUCCAAUUUGCUUCGAACCACACCUGUCCGAGCUUUCUGGGACUGCCGUAGCCUGGAAUAUCUAGGCCUGAGCAACAACCGUCUUCGAAGUCUAGCCCGAAAUGGCUUUGCAGGACUCAUUAAGCUAAAGGAGCUCCACUUGGAGCACAAUCAGCUGACCAAGAUCAACUUGGCCCAUUUCCCUCGCCUUGUUGCCCUACAGUUUCUCUAUCUGCAGUGGAAUAAAAUCAGCAAUCUAUCGUGUGGCAUGGAGUGGAUCUGGACCACUUUAGAGAAGCUAGACCUCACAGGAAAUGAAAUUCGAGUUCUCACACCUGAUGUUUUUCAGACUCUGCCUAAUUUAAAGAUUUUACUUCUGGAUAACAACAAGCUAGGCAGUCUGGAUCCACAAGUCCUGGAUAUGUGGCAGUCUCUUGGCACCAUUGGGCUGUCAAGCAACCUCUGGGAAUGUACCAAAAGGAUUUGCUCCCUGGCUACUUGGCUGAGCAGCUUUAAAGGAAGAUGGGAACAUUCCAUUCUCUGCCAUAGUCCAGAAUAUGCUCAAGGUGAGGAGAUACUUGAUGCUGUUUAUGGAUUCCAGCUUUGUCAGAACUUUUCUGCCCCAGUUGUUCAGACCGUUACGACAACGACAGAUGCUUCUACAGCUACAGAAAUCACAAGCUCCUUGUUUGGAAUUAUGCAGCCAACUCCCACACCAGACUAUGCAGAGGAUUUUGGGAGCUUUACCACAGUCACAACAACCACAACUACAACACAAACAGCACCCACUGCGCAAGCAACUACUUUUACAGUGGAAGAGGCAGCUGUUACGGAUGACUUCUCGUCAAUGGACAACACUGUUAUGACUCAUAGGGUUAUAAUUGGGACCAUGGCCCUUCUAUUUUCAUUCUUUUUCAUCAUUUUUGUUGUGUAUAUCUCACGGAAGUGCUGCCCUCCCACCCUGCGCCGGAUACGCCACUGUUCAGCUAUACAGAAUCGCAGACAGAUGAGGACCCAGCAGCGGCAGCCUAUGGCAGAUCUAGCCACACAGGUACCCUAUAAUGAAUAUGAGCCCAGCCAUGAGGAGGGGGCACUUGUGAUCAUCAAUGGCUAUGGGCAGUGCAAGUGUCAGCAACUGCCUUACAAAGAGUGUGAAGUAUGAACUCUUAUUUAUUCCUAGAGCAUACAGUUUUCCAUUUGACCAUUUCAAAUGAUACAGGGUUUGCUUUUGUGAUUUUUUUUUUCCAGUUUAUGUAAAAAGGUUACUUUCUACAAGUACGAUCUGAGAAUAUACAAGAAAAGUAGAAUGCUACAGUGACAGGGGAUAGAUGUGAACGUUUAGGGAUGGAGUCGUGAUAGUCACAAAUUUAUUUUUCUAUGAAUGCAAAGAUGUUCAUAUCAGGCAGGGGGCAAUCAUUUUAAACAAGAAAAUUGUAAACUGUGAGAUUUGUCUCAUUGUCAUCUCUAUAUUCCGCAGCACAGAGAGAAGACAUAGGCGAACGGCCCCAUGCAUAUAAACACAUUAAGAGUCGUGAUUUGUGUCCAAUUUCUUUAACACAGUUGAUGUAUAAAAAUCAUGUUUCUAAAUGCACCAUGAACAUGCAAAUUGAUCACACGAACACUGGGUACAUGAAAAGGUUUAUAGUUUCACUGUUUUAUUUUGGAGAAACAUGACACAUUAAAGCUGCUAAGACCAAAUUGAUUUCAGAGUUGAAAUUUAAAAAGUAAAUGUUAAAUUGUUUUGUAUCUAAAUAAAAGAUAUCUUCAGAAGAGGCUUAUUUGAAUCAUAUUUGUUUUGCCAAAACAGACACAGUCAUUUAAGCAAACUUAUAACCUUCUAUUUUGUGUAGAUUAUCCAAAAAAUAAAUAAAGUUUAUUUGUGUUCCUUCAAAAACUUUUUUUUCUGUGUGCAAAUGCAUCUAAAAGCCUGUACUAAUCAUAACACUGCCAGAAUGGUAAAUUUAUAUUCAAUUAGAUAAAUUGGAAAAAUGACCUCUUUCAUCAGAUGUUAGCUCAUGAAUGCAAAGCUGUUUUGCAGCCAAAGCUCAUGUUGUAAAGAUAUUGGAGCUCCCACUCACAGGAGCCGACUGCCGCAAAUACAUUUCUAAACUGUGGGACUGACUCGGCAUUGUACUCCAGUGGUUAAUGUCUUACGCUACAAUGCAAAGUACAUUAAUAUCUUUUUGACCUUGGACAUAAAAAAUACCAACAUUCAAACUUUAAAUGUACCGUAGUUUGUACAUUGAUUCCCAAAUGACAGGCACACUGUGACAACAACCACUUCAACAACUUCACCUAGUAAGUAUGGUUUGAUGAUUCGCUAUUAUAAAUGGAGAUGGAUACACAGUUUGAGAUGAGAAAGAACAAGUGAGAAGACAAAAGAGAGUGCAAAUACCAGCUAGCAGAGCUUUUUUCUCUGAAAAUUAAACCUUUCCCUGUAGCCCAGCCUCUUAAAUGCUUAUACUCUAAUCAGGACUGACAAGACCAAGAUUGAACCAAUUAGGGCAAGGCAAAAGAAAUCUAAUAUUCUGUCACCCACCUCAGUGAUCCAGCAACAUUUAGCUUGUUCAGCUACUUAAAAAUAGUUCUAGAGAAACACUGUCCAACUAAUUCAAAAUUGUUUUAGUGCUUUCUUCUUGGAUACCGCUUAUUACGUUUAUUAAAAUAGAUCUCGACUGGAAAAAAAGUAUUGAAAAAGUUCCUUGGUUGGCAGUUACAAGUGUCAAGUUCAAUUGUGGUUAAUACCCUAGACGCAAAUGGAGGACCAGUAAUCAGCAAACAGCAGGCCUGGGUCAGGAGACAUUUGUAUGCAGCAGAGAGAGGAUGUGCAUUAGCAUCAGACUAAAGCUGCUGCCGCAGCUCCUCACUUCUUUGUGUCCAGUUUGGUAGAGGGGGCAGGGCGAGAGGGAGGAGUAAGGAGGAAUUGAUGGUGGCACGGAAAAGAGCAACUAUGGUGAGAUGUCGUAGUUCAUCAAAACCAAUAAGGAUCUCUCAUACCGAGUGAAGAUGGCAAAAAAGGAGGGAUGAUUAAUGUGGACUUGCAACACCUGAGCCAUGGAAUGCACACUCACCACGGCAACACCAUUUGUGUUCAUGGUGAUGGCCUUGUCAAUGUUCAGUUGAAUAAAUAUAUUAAUGUAAAAAUCCUAAAAAUCCCUGUUUAAAAACACUGCCCACAGUUUAUUUUAGCAAUGUUCUGCAGGUACAAUUUAAAGGUUUAAUAAUGACCACUGUUGCUUGGAGCCUGAAAAGUAGCCAGGAGUAGCACAUCUGACUGGAACCUUCUAAACAAAUGUUUUUGUCAAAGUUCU